AUGCUCUCUCGAUCUUUUCGAGCACUACUACACCAAGCGGGCCCAUCUCGACCCCGACCACUCUGUGUCGACUGUCUACGGCCACUAGCUUCAUCUCCAAUACUACGUCCAGCUAUCGGUAUCAGGCAAAUAGCUCGAUAUGCAUCUUCAUCCAGCGCGUCUCCUCGAAAUAACAACAACAACAAUAGUAAUAACAAAAGCACAUCCAAAUUACCAGUCUCACAUAAACCGCCGAAAAGACGAUUAGAAGCUGCUUCUCAACCGUUAAGAAAUGCAGCCUCCAACACCCGUGGACCGGUAUUACAGUGUAUCGCGCAUACCACCGCCGAGCGAUACGAUUUACUUGCUCUUGGCGGAAUAUUACGUUCGUUGGGGAUAAGAUGGGAUGAAGUUCCGGAAGGUGACAGAGAUAGAGCUUUCGUCAUUGGACCGUGGAAAGGUAGAGGAGGUGCUCAGCGUUUAAUGAGAGGGAAAGACCUAAGUCCGAUAUCAACGUCGACAUCAAGUGCAAUGAACGUCAAGUCACCAGAACAAGAAUGGGUAGAAAGUGAAGAAGAUGAUUAUAGAGAUAUGGGAUUUGGUUACGGUGAAAGAGGUGAAAUUUGGGUAUUUAGUAAUGGUUCUUUCGUUACCUGGGGUUUGACCGAAGAGGAAGGUAGAGCUUUCUUGAGAGAGAUCUUAAGAGGGAAAGGAUGGAAUGUUGAAAUUGGGAAAUUAGAAGCGAGGGAUUACGAAGUUGAAGAAGUUGAUUUCGUCGUUGACCCCACUGCGAAAACGCAUAUUUUGGGAAAUCUGAUUCUACUUGGACGAUCUCCAGAAUUAUCAACUUUUCACCCAUCACCUUCACUAGCUUCGCUUUUAGCCAGAUAUACCCUUUCACUCUCACUUUCACGAUCGUCUUCCUUAUCAGUGCUAGAAGAUAGACUAGAUUCCCACAUAGCCUCAGUCUCGGUUUUACCCCGGGCACUGCAGAAGUAUGGUCGUCAGCCAUUGGCUAGAACUGAAGUGAUCAGGAAGAUGGGUGAAUUGAUGACGCUAAGAAUGGCUGUUAACACUUCAGGUGGUGGAUUGGAUGAUACUCCAGAAUUCUAUUGGUCAGAACCUGAACUCGAGUCAUAUUUCGAUUCUAUCGCGUCUGAAUUCGAGAUCAAAGAACGUAUAGACGCAUUCAACAAGAAACUUGAUUACGCUCAAGAAGUCCAAAACACCUUAAGAGCUCUCUUGACUGAGUCUUCAGGACACAGAAUGGAGAUUAUCAUUAUUCUCCUAAUCGCGGUCGAAGUCGUCAUCGUCCUGAUCAGAGAAGGGCCUGAAUUAGUACAUAAAGCAGCUGAGAUUCUAGGUAUACAUUCGGAGAAAAUCGAGGAGAUUGAAGAUGGUCUCAGAAGAUUAUCGGAUCAUUUACCCCCUACUGGAAUGUCAGCUGCUCCAGCUACCACUGAGGUCAUCAAGGAUGAUAGGAGAUUGGUGUAG